AUGCACCCAGGGACCCAGGAUCCAGGUCACCCAGGGAUCCAGGGACCAAGUCACCCGGAUCCAGGUCACCCGGAUCCAGGUCACCCGGAUCCAGGUCAUUCGGUCAGGGUCACCUCGAACCAGGUCACCCAGGGAUCCAGGGUCCAAGUCACCCGGAUCCAGGUCACCCGGAUCCAGGUCAUUCGGUCAGGGUCACCUCGAACCAGGUCACCCAGGGAUCCAGGGUCCAAGUCACCCGGAUCCAGGUCACCCGGAUCCAGGUCACCCGGAUCCAGGUCACUCGGUCAGGGUCACCUCGAACCAGGUCACCCAGGGAUCCAGGGUCCAAGUCACCCGGAUCCAGGUCACCCGGAUCCAGGUCACCCAGCUCCAGGUCACCCGGACCCAGGUCACCCGGACCCAGGUCACCCGGACCCAGGUCACCCGGAUCCAGGUCCCCCGGAUCCAGGUCACCCAGCUCCAGGUCACCCGGACCCAGGUCACCCGGAUCCAGGUCACACGGAUCCAGGUCACCUGGACCCAGGUCACGCGGCUCAGGGGCCAGGACCCAGGACCGAGGACCCAGGAUCCCCGCCUCCCUUCUCUGGUGCCCCGAGAAGGGAGAACUGA